GUUCGCCCUACGCUCUCACCGCAUCAAUCCCACCUUGGAUAUCUCACCCUGUCGUCACCGGAAUUAAAUCCACAAACGCAAUCUGUCGCUUCCGUUGACAACGUACUGCACUCACAAGAACACGGAGACGCUCCCGAUCCUGCUAUUAGUAUACCUUCGAUCGUCGAGCCUACCGAUACCGAGCCCUUCCCGCAGCUUACCAACGACGUCAGUCGUACAGCGUCUCCUGCUAGCAAGAUAAGAGAAGCGUUCAAGAUUCCGCGGAAGCAAGCAGCCGGGGACUUAGACGCUACAAAAGGUCCCGGGAGCAGUCCUGGCGGACUGGGAGGUCUCUUUCGCCCUAAGAGUAGGAGAAGCAGCGUCAGUUCGCAGAAUCCAGACACUGUGCCCGCUCAAGCUCCUGCCCCAGAAGCUGCCUCUGAGCCAAGCCAGGUCCAAGACGCCACACUUGACGAGCGUCCGGAAACGCCAAAGCAGAAGGCUCGCGGCCGAAUCAACACCGACUCUCUACCUGCUACACCGCCAAACCUUGUAGACACACCUACUACAACCGUCACACCACCCACACCUACAGACCCUUACGCAGAUGCUUCCACGUUCCCUAACAGAAAGCCUGUUACCUUAGCGGGCCAGGCUACUCUACCAGACCGACCACUCAGUUCAGUUGAGAGCAUAAGGCGACGUCGAGCUCAAUCCGGGAAUGCCCCAAGCAAACUCUCUAAUGCCAUCCCAGCACCGCUGACGCCCACCCUCGAGGAGGCCAAAACGCCAGGCGGUACACUGACACAGCCGACGAGCGCAUCAGGCUUCUUCAGCUCGUUUUUCACUGCUGCGAAGACUGCCGCAGAUCAGCUUAGCAACAACAUCAACGCACCAAAUAAGAGCAAGCCUGGCACACAAGCAGUGCAUGAGGCUGACGGUGAAGAAGUGAUACCGGGCGCAGAAAGUAAGCCCGACGAGGCAGAUAGCACGCAAAAGCAGCUAGCUGUUGACACGCUUGGCACCGGCGACCUCAACUUCAGCCAUCUCGGCAUUGCGGACAACAAAGAUAUCAGCCCAAUGACGUCUACUGUCGAUGUGUCGCAGCAGAAUGCGCCCACGCAGAAUGGAGAGUCUAACCAGAAGGCGGAAGAGGAGGCAGCCGCACGUGCAGUAUCCGUGGCGUAUGAGAAACCCUUGCAGAAUGUGAUAAGCCAGGCUACAGGCCGGCCUCUCUCAAUCGCUUCGAACGAUCGUCUGGCACUUGGCGAAGGCUCGCCACCUCGGUCAGGCAACGAAGUGGAUAGUUUGAAGCGAUCUGGUAGUGUGAAGAGUAAAUUCAGUGGUCGAGGGCGCAGACAUCGAGCUAGCUCUGCCACCACUGGGACUGCCAACACGCAGGCAACUGGCAACACGAUAGCAGCGGCUAUCCAGGCUUCGUCUGCAGCGCUUUCCAAUCCGGGCGCAAACGGGCCAGGACACCGAUUGACCGGGUUCGCCGUAGCCAGUAGUAAGCGCAACAAGGACUUUCACCAGUUGUUUCGAAGCGUACCUGAGGACGACUACCUGAUCGAAGACUACAGCGCAGCCUUGCAAAGGGAUAUCUUGGUUCACGGCAGGCUUUACGUCUCCGAAGGUCACAUAUGCUUUUCAAGCAACAUUUUCGGAUGGGUGACGAACCUCGUCAUGAGCUUCGAUGAGAUUGUCUCCGUGGAGAAGAGGAGCACAGCCGUCAUCUUCCCGAAUGCAAUUUCAAUCCAGACUCUGCAUGCGCGCAACACAUUCGCAAGCUUUGUAGCACGAGAUUCGACGUACGAGCUCAUUAUUGGGAUCUGGAAGAUUAACCAUCCAAACCUGAAGAGCUCUUUGAACGGUGUCGCCCUGGAUGAUGCUGGCACUGGCGAUAAGACCGAGGUGAUAGAUCCAGAUGCGUCCCACGACGAUGAUGACGAGUCAGGAGACGGCUCGGAAGACGAAGUGUACGACGAGGACGACGAUGAUGGCGAGACACAAAGUUUCGUCGACGGAGGCGUUGCGGCAAGCACUGCCGGCAGUGACAUUGGCGAUGUACCCUUGAGCAGAAAGACAUCGGCUCAGCCUGUGAGUGGCAUUCCCGUGGUCAAUGGCGCCCCGCCCAAAGCAUCUGAAGCCACGGACGCUGCGGUCGCUGGUGCUGUGAUAACUUCUGACUUUCUCGGCCCGGCCACGCAUGCGCCAACCGAGUGCAGCGACGGUGCGGAGCACUACGACAAGCCCCUCACUGACACUACAAUACCGGCCCCACUCGGCAAGGUCUACUCGUUGAUGUUCGGUCCUGGGUCGAGCGCCUUCAUGCGGAAGUGGCUCGUUGAGGACCAGAAAUCGAGAGAGCUUAACCUUCCGGAUGACAAAGUCGGGUUAGACAAUGACCACAAAAGUAUCACCUUCGACUACAUUAAGCCGUUAAAUGCACCUGUUGGACCGAAGCAGACCAAAUGCAUUACGACGAACACCCUGCUAGCGUUUGACAUGGAGAAGGCUGUGACGAUUGACUGCAGCACGCAGACACCGGAUGUGCCAAGCGGCAAUGUGUUCUCUACGAAGACUCGCUACUGCCUUAUGUGGGGUCCGGGCAACUCUACAAGGCUUGUGGCAACUUGCACGGUCGAAUGGACCGGCAAGAGCUGGCUCAAGGGGCCAAUUGAGGCGGGUGCCAACUCCGGCCAGAUUGAGUACUGCAAGUCUCUCGUUGCUGCUUUGAAGGCCGCCCUAUCUCUGAAGUCUGUCGCCAAAGUCGUCGCUAAGAAAGGCAAGCGGAAAGGCAGGAAGGAGACGUCGGAUGGCGACGCCGCGAACACACCCCGCGAGAGCGCGGUGACAGCCGACCAGAAAGCAGCAGACUGGGGCAUGCUUGAGCCCUUGCACAAGCUCCUGGGCCCCUUCAUCGCCAUUGUGCGACCGUUCGUUACCUCGCAGGUCAUCAUCGCAGUGCUCUUUGUGCUGCUGGUGUAUACUUGGAUUCUGCCUCCUUAUCCGCGGGGCGGCACAGGUGUUGGCUUCCCAGGUUCCGGUUCUCCCGCGAGAAUUGCGGCUUACGAGGAGAUCUGGCGGCGGGAAGAGAGCGAGCUGUGGGAUUGGCUGGAAGAUCGAGCCGGGCUCGAUCAUCUGUACGCACCCUCUGCUGAGCAGCGUGAUCGGCAGAGGACCUCGAAUGCGCGGAAGAUGGUGCGAAAGCUUGAGGAUGAGAGAAUGACCGAACGACAAAUGGACGAUGCGGUCAAAGUCACAGAAGAGCGCUUAGAGGCGUUGAAGAAAGCAAUUGCGAGG